GAGAAGAUAGGAGAGGAGUGGAAGAAGAAGGAGAAGAAAGGGACAGCCGGGUGUUGGAGGAGAUGCAGAGGAUGGAGAAGGUGGCCCAGUGGCUGGUGGAUUUUGCGGAGGCAUUUCAGUAUCCGAUAGAGGAGGAGAAGGUGGACGAGGUGGCAGUGCAGGUGGCCGAAUUGGCGGAGAUUUGUCGUAAGAUGGAGGAAGGUUUGGUGCCACUCCAACAACAGGUUAGGGAGGUGUUUCAUAGGAUUGUGAGGAGCAGGGCUGAGGUUCUCGAUGUAAUUGACCAAGUUGGUAAGUCAUCAGCACCGGUUCCGUAUUGA